UUGGGUUGAAAGUUGAGAGUUCAAUAAGAAUUUCGAUGAUCGAUACUUCAACGCAAAUCUGUAAAUCUUCUUUGCUGACGUCAGAAGAGCAGGAAGAGAGUGUAAACUAAUCUUUUUCUCUAUAAUAAUACACACAAUAACUUCAAGAUGAUGCAAUUCAUGUUACUGUUUAGUCGUCAGGGCAAGCUGCGGCUACAGAAAUGGUACCAGGCUCAUCCUGAUAAGGUUAAGAAGAAGAUCUCGAGGGAACUAAUCACAACUGUCUUAUCUAGAAAGCCCAAAAUGUGUAAUUUCUUGGAAUGGAGGGAUCUAAAAAUUGUUUAUAAAAGAUAUGCUAGCUUGUACUUUUGCUGCGCAAUCAAUGAAACUGAUAAUGAACUCCUGACUCUAGAAAUCAUUCAUAGAUAUGUUGAACUUCUAGAUAAAUAUUUUGGAAGUGUUUGUGAAUUGGACAUAAUUUUCAACUUUGAGAAAGCUUACUUUAUGCUGGAUGAAUUAAUGUUAGGAGGUGAAGUGCAAGAAACCAGUAAGAAAAAUGUGCUUAAAGCAAUACAGGCACAAGACUUGUUACAAGAGGAAGCUGAGGUGAAUCGUAGUGUACUGGAAGAGCUAGGCCUCACAUAAAUUCUGCUUCAAGAAGUUAUUACCAUCCUAUAUGUUUUAUCCAUACCAACUUAAUGUGACCCUUGAACCUUGGCCAACUGAUCCCUUAAAGCCAGGCACUCAGCUCGCCUCGCGGUCGAUGUGAUUUUUAUGGAGAACGCAACACCAUGGCAUAUGUGCUACGGAUCGUUUUUAAUGACGAUCGUUCAGACUGCCGCAAUCAGCAGAUCGUGUUACGUAGCUGGAUUCAUUUUACGACACAUUGAGUUCCUGGCUUUACUCUUUGAUGACAUAAUCUUGAAUAUUACUGUAUUGUAUUCAGAAAUCUCUUAUAACUUAUUUAGCUUUAUGAUUGAUAAAGUAGAUUAUAAGUAAAGAUCAUGCUUUGCUAAAAGGCUGAUGUUGCAGUUUUAAAACAUUGUCAAAUUUCCCUGCUAGAUUGAGAUCUAAUUGGUAUACAGAUGAGAUGGCAAAGGUGUGAUGUAGCAUGUGUUGUAGUACAGGGGUUCCAAGUCUUCCAUGAAUCUUUGAAUUUGGAACCACUGUGCUGUGACGCAGGUGUCUAUAAUGUACCAGGGGUCCCAUGUCUCCCGGAAAAUAACCCAUAUCCUGCAAUUUCAUAAUAUUUGCAAGUUUUCACUACCUUAUUAUCAAUGGUCUCAUGCACGUCAGUGCCUAUGGGUAUUGCCAUGUGCAGCAAAAUAAAAAUAAAUAUGUUAAGGAAGCUCAUUAACCAGAUGUCACAGAAUUUGGGACUCCUGAUGUACAUACCGUCGCUCACAUCAACUAACACAAUCAAAGUAGAUUGUGUUAGUUUGUGAAAUCACAGUAGCGCGUCAAAACGAGCGCAUAUUGGUUGUCAAGCAAUUUUGUAUUCUUUACCACACAAAAGUCCUUAACAACAAC